GAUGCUACUAUUACUUCCACAGCACAUUCCACCAUCGCUAAACCCACUUCUUCCUCUUCUCUCGCUGACAACUACCGAGCUCUCCGCGAGUCCUCUUCCCUCUCCACCUCCCACGCCUCUCCUCUGCGAACAAGUGAUCAUCUCGCUGGCCGAGUGAGACACGUCCCCAGUCCCCUCCAGCGGUCGGGCCCUUCGCCCUUCUCUGUCAACGGUCGGCCGCACCAUACGCACCACGAAGAACCGUGCUCGCCCCGAGAGAAGCUUGAAGCUCGCCUGGCCUCGGAGGAAGCUACUCACUCUACGAACGGAUCGAGCACCCCUACACAGGCCUUCAUCGAGAAAGGGCUGCCCCAGUCUAGCAAACCUGGCACACACGUACGGCUUCGCAACGUCUCAGCGUCAGUAGCGUUUCCUGUCGGUAUAACACCUCCUUCAUCUCCCAUUACCAUGCAGUCUCAAUCGAGACCACAACACACCGAAACACGACCGACACCUCCUCGCAAUGACUCGAUCGACUCAGCAGUGUCAUCCAUAUCCUCUAAUACUUCUCAACAGUUCAAUCGGCCCAUUCCAUCUCACUCUUACCAGUUCUCUCACGAGAGCGUGUCUCCAAACCCUCCUGAUAUGGCGACUUUGUUGAUCUCGACUGGGUCAGCAGAAGCAGCGGUGAAGAAUCUCUGGAAAGAGAAGCAAAGCGCCUCUGUGCAUAAUGCUCAACUCUGGCGGCUAGUUGAAAAACAACGAGCCAUGAUCCUGGGUCUGAAUAAAGAUCUUGAAAGGGCAUUGAAGGAUAAAGAGAGGUAUCGAAAGAAGUUGAAAGAGCAAUUAAGUCAAAUGCCGCCGCUUCCAGGAACAGUUCAAAAGACUGAGCAAGCUUCGCAGAGGGACCUAAGCCAAUUCCCCGCAGAUGGCAUAGAGGUCCACGACGGCUUCUCAAGUAGUACCAGUGCCUUGGAAGAUGGAAGGGCUAGUAGUGCUUUGGAGUUUCGUAAAGGUUCGGAAGCCGUACCCACGCAGUUGCAGCAAGGGUCCCCCUUAGAACAAUCGCCAAUCCAACCAAGCAGCUCUGUUUCAGAAGCAGGCUCAACGAAGCGCGCGCUGAGUGCAGAUACCUCUGCUCUCGACUUUCGCGCUCUAAGGGCUGCAACACAUGUGCCAUCAUCGUUACAAAACGCCACAAGCCCAAACACGCGCUCUGACCUAGACGUAUCGUCAUAUGCACAAGUAAAACUAGGAGCACCUGCUGUCUCAAUCACGCAAGCAACUCCAAUCAUCGGUGCAAAUGGUUUCGAAUACUUUGUGCCUCCUCUGCGGAAGGCUCCCCCAGCGCCGCUCGACCUGUCGAGUAGUAAGCGCGUCAGUGCUUCUCUACACCAAGCCAAUCAAAGCGAGGAGUCAGACACGGACUACGAUGACAUUCUCGGAGUAACCGAGAUUCCUCAACCCGACAGAGGACGGCGGAAAACGAGGGAAGAUGACGAUCGAGUGCGCGAAGCUCUAGCGAGUCAAGAGGAUGAAGCUCGCAGUCGAUCAAAGAGAAAGAGUAAAAGCAAAAGUAAAAACACACCCCAAUCCGCUGCCCCAGAACCAAAAAGUGGCCAAGGGGUAACUCAUACUUCUCCAAUAUUGUAUCUUCCAAAAUCCCCUAGACAGCUUCCAUCCGCACCAGCCUCCCUGAAUGCCAUACUCAGUCCAGUCGGCUCGGAAAAGUCCGCGAAACGAGGAAACGUAAUUUCUCCACCUAUAUUGAGUCCUGGACUUCCCGUAAGCCCUCGCCCGAGCGACCGACCUAUAGGAUCACCCGCCCCUAGACUACCUCAUCAAGCCAUGGUGUCCCCUCCUAUGUCACCGAGAGCCAACGGCUUGCCAUUGUCCCCCCGAGCUCCGAGGCAGCCACUUCCCCUUCCACCAAACACUCCUCUAUCCUUUGCGUCGCCACAUCUUGCACGUGCAGUGAAUUAUGGAAAAGCUCAAAUUCAGCCGACGAUCAACACUGACCUACACUUAAAACCACCUGACUUGACGGCUGAAGAGAAGAGUUCUCAUGGCUUGUCGGAGCCUUCGAGUCCUCAGAUCAUCGACCGAUCGCUAAUGUGUGACCAGUAUCCAGGAAUUUUACUACCCCCAAACUGCCUUCCACUUAUUCAGGUCAAGGUUUCAUCCUCACGCCUACGUCCAUCUAGGCAUAGUAUGCUGGCAACGAAAUCUCUGGAUGAAGAUGUCUUUACGUUGGCCCUGUAUGCAAGGUCAGACAACAGACAACUUUGGCGUAAUGAGAAGACUAUUGGAGCACUUCCAAACCUCCACCAGCAGCUACAAAUGCUUUGUCCUGAGUACACUGCUUCGCUACCCGAUCGAAGUCUCUUCAAUGGUCAUGCACCUGCGAAGAUUGAUGCUCGCAGAACUGCUUUGACGAAAUACUUCGAUGAGCUUCUAGACACCCCGAUCGAUGAAAUUGCAGCUAUGGUCGUGUGCGAAUUCUUUUCUUCGGACGUGAUUGGAUGUGAGGUAGACGAAACGUUAUCACCGAUCGAGGCACCGUCGUCAGCCGGCGGCAUUUCAAGCAAGGGUAAAUCCCGAAUGUAUGGAUAUUUGACAAAGCGCGGAAAAAACUUCGGAGGCUGGAAAGCCAGAUAUUUUGUGCUAGAAGGACCCGAACUUCGCUAUUACGAGUCUGACGGCGGUGCUCACCUUGGGACUAUCAGAUUACAAAGUGCUCAGAUUGGCAAACAGUCACAACAGCAGCAAACAUCUUCUCAGGACGAUAGUGACAAUCAGUUUCGGCACGCCUUCCUCAUCCGUGAGCCGAAAAGGAAAGACUCAACCAGCCUUGUCCGACAUGUUCUCUGCGCUGAAAGUGAUGGAGAGCGUGACCAGUGGGUCGAUGCCUUGCUCCAGUAUGUUGAAUGCACAGAUGAUGGAGUGAUAUCCCCAAGUGACAAGAAAGCCAUCCACUCAAACAAAAAUGAGCUUCGUUCUCAGCGAAAGGAGAACUCUCCUACCGACAAGUUCGACAGAGAUGAUAAUCUACAGGCCAUGAAGUAUGAAGAGGCAGUUCAAAGAGACGCUCCGCAAAAAGGCCCUACGUUGCGUCAGCAUCACGUUAUGCCUUCACCGACCCAUCGUAGUUUUGACAGUGGACGGCAAAAUCAUCCCGCUAUAUCGGGACCGACAAACGGCACUGUUAUUCAUGACACUGGUAUAUGGGGCAAUAAAUCUCUCGAACCGACUUCAGUCAAAAUCAAGAAACGAAGCAUAUUCGGAUUCGGUGGCAAGAUCACACCGGACAUUGUGGGAGACCAUAUUCCGUCUGAACCUCUUAUGGCUCCGCCGCCGAACAGAGUCAUAUUUGGAUUGCCGUUGGCAGAAGCUGUAAAGCAUUCGGCACCAAUUGGUAUAGACACUCAGUUGCCAGCUGUGGUCUACCGAUGCUUAGAAUACCUUCAAGCUAAGGGCGCAGAGCACGAGGAAGGUAUCUUCAGGUUGAGUGGGUCUAACAUUACGAUCAAAGCAUUGCGCGAACGUUUCAACAACGAGGGGGAUGUGAGACUUCUCGAUGGGCAACUGCAUGACAUGCACGCCGUCGCAUCUCUCCUCAAGCUCUACUUGCGCGAAUUACCAGCCUCAAUACUGACACGCGACCUUCACCUAGCCUUCCUCAGGGUUCUCGAACCAUCUACAGCUCGGGAAGAUAGGGUCUGGGUACUGAAUGAGCUGGUACAUAAGCUACCUUCCGUCAAUCGCGAGCUGCUACAGGCUUUAUCCUCUUUCCUUAUAGACAUUGUCACCAAUUCCGAUGUCAACAAGAUGACAAUCAGGAACGUCGGUAUUGUUUUCGCGCCAACACUGAACAUUCCUGCGCCCCUAAUAUCUCUGUUGCUAACUGAGUACUCUGACAUCUUUGGGCAUGUCCCACAACCCGACGAGAUGGCGCGUCAACCUCGAGAAAUCACCGUUACCGCGCCUCCAGAGGAUUCCGACGCCAUUCGUUCGCCACGGCACCAGAUGUUCUCAAACUUACCCACACCUGCU